GUUCACGUCCACGUCCAACACUGCCAUCGCCAUCAUCAUCGCCUAUUCUUCGCCGUCUACCUAUCCACAUGACAUCUCCUUGAACUCCAUAGACACUCUACGCCAGCUGUCGUAUUUUGUCCAUCUCGCGCUCCAUCAACCCCACAAAGCGAUCGUCGUUCACCAUGACUGCGACAAGCCCCGAGGUCGCGCGUGUCUUGCGGACAAUCUUCCGACGCUGUAUCGAGUGCGAAAACGUCGCCCUGAGCUGUCCUUCCUGUCCCACCGGCCAGAUCUGCUCCAUCACCACAAAGACGUGCGAUACCUGUCCUGGCGCCAUCUGUAUCGCCGACCCCAGCGCCAGCAGCAACAAUGCCGCGAACAAAAAGUCGGGGCCCAAUGUCGGCGCCAUUGCCGGCGGUGUUGUCGGCGGCAUCGCUUUCAUCGUGCUUGCUACCUGGCUGGUGUGGAAAUUCUGCAUCAAGCGUCGCCAACAAGAGAUGGACGACGCCGCGGCGUGGGACCAGACAAACCUGCCGCCAGAGAAACGCAACACCCAGUUUACCAUGCGGAGAGACGCCCGCAUGUCCACCCACACCGUCCACUCGCUGGCCUCCACCGUCCUCACUCGCGCCUCCAACAUCAUCCAGAUUGCCUACAUUCCCGGCAUCACCAACCGCUCCGGCCCGCAAUCUCCCCAGCUGCUGGUGCCUCCCGUUCCGCCCAUCCCCAUCAUCGUCUCCAACUCCUCCCAGCCCUCCAGUCCCUACUCUCAACAGCACGAAGAUUCCCACUACUUUAUGCCCGGUGACCUCCGCUCCGUCCGUGGCUCCACCUACACCGGCUACACCGACGUCUCCGACAACAGGAGCAGCUUCCACACCAUCAACACCAUCGUAAACGACAACCGCAGCAGCUUCCACACCAUGCACUCGCGCCAGAGCAUCACUCCCAGCCUGGCCAGGAGCAGUGUCGCCACGACCAUCUACCGGAACGAUGCCGUCGUCGACCCGAUGCCGGCCACCACCGUGCUCCGUGGCAAGGCCGCCGUCAUAAACGUCAAGUCUGGCAGUCCGCUGGCCACACCAGCCCCCGGCACCCCUCAGGCCCCGUCGGCCGAAUUUGGAAGCAUCCAACGACCCGCCCAGACGCGCACCCCUUCAAGCCCCUCUCUGACUGCUGGAAACCCGCCACCUUCUUCCUCUUCCGUCAGCGAGGCCAGACCGGUGCCCGUCACGAUAUCCAAGAAGAAGCCCAGCUUGAUCAGCAUGAACUCGAGCUCUAGCCUGCUCUCAAUCUCACCCAUCUCCACACCGCGCCCAAACACCCUCAACUCGGCCGUCUCCAUCUCCGAGUCCGACGACGAGCAAAGCUCCAUCCGACGCAGUCUUGUCGAUGACGGGCGUGCCUCGCCCGGGCUUGCCGACAUACCCGGCGACCUGCCCGUCUCCACACACAGCCCCUUUGCCGACAUGAGCGCCACCAUUCUCUCUCCUCGAACCCACCAGCAGCAGUCCGGCUCCCGCCGCGCCGCCGCCCUCGAUCCCGUCACCGAGACGGACGAGACGCGGCGAGAGAGCUCACAGAUUGGCCGCAGCCGAAGUCCCUUUGGCGACGAACAUGAAUGCCCGUGAAGCGCCGUCUGAGAUUUCGCACAUGGGCACAUGGGCACAUGACUGGAGUUAUUGGUGGCUACGGCGUUGUUGUGCUUGGUCUUUUGGGGGCGGGGGGCC